AACCAAUCGCUAAAGACUUCUUAAGUAUAAUUUAAACAAGGAACAUGGGAGACAUAAAUUCAAUCCUUUCUUGUUAGUAUACAAUAAUGAUAGAAUAUGAAAAAAGGUAUUAACUGUUCGUGUAGAAAAUAUUUCAAACAAAACUUCCCGCCUUAUAUUUAAAAAUUUCAAAGUUGAAGAGUCGUUUUGGAUUAUCGAUUGCGUAUCGAUAUUGUAAAUGAAUCGUAAUUCACGCUAUAAAUACAUAUCUGCCAAACCUGUAUUUUUGCAGAAAUUGUGCAACUAGUGUGUUAUUUUAUCUUUUAAAGAAUGCAGAUAAAUGAAGUACAAAGUUUCAACAAGUAUAUCAAUAAUCAAUGAAAGUUUUAAAUGUGUUGCCCGUUGAACACUAGUGUAUCACAAGUUUUUAACCUCUACGAAACGUAAAUAAUUCCUGGAGAAAAUUUUCGAAAAUAGUAAAUUCCAUAUAAUUUGCUAGAAAUUAAACUAAGGUUGUUAAUUAUUAAUGUAACGUAAAUCAUUAUCCUGUUUUGGAGGUUAACUUCCUUCGUAAGAGGUUGGAUUGGAAUAUGGAAACAGCAUUUUAAGAUUAUAAUUUUUAACUUCAUUCGCAACAAAUAAUUGGAAAGGAACAUUGAUAACAAAAAAUAUUGGUUUUUGUAUGAUCCCUACUAUUACAGAAACAAUGGUAUCAGAGACUUUUUUUGGAACUGGUGGAAUACUUCAUGGUGCCAUAAUGUUCAUGCUGAGAUUUACUUGGCAGUCAAGAUAUCGUUUACCGAUGCUUAUAAUUAUUAUAUUGAUUGCAAUAGAUUACAGACUUCAAUUAGCACUUGAAUUUGAUAUUAAUCCUGAACUACAUAAUCAUUUGUGAUUAAGGAUUUAAGUUAUUUAUAGAUCACUUUUAGAUUAUAUUGUUAAACAAAGUUUUAAAUGCUCAUAGGAAGUAAUAAGAGAAGUAUUUUUCAAGAGAUUCAAGGAUAAAAGGGUAUAUAUUGUUGAUAUUUUUAUUUAUUUCUGUUGUAGUUUCAGAUUAGUAUAGAAUGACACUGCGUUGGAAUUGUAUAGGCUAAGGAAAUUUUUUACUGAUAUUAAUAUUUUCAAGUAUUUAUGUAUCAUAUUGUAAAGAGAGUAAUAUAUAGGUUUUACACAAUCAUUCAUUGGAAUGUAAAUUAUAUAUUUAAAUUAAUAAUUACUGUUAUAAGAUCUAUAUUAUCACAUAAUUUUUAAUGCAUACUUGUUUAUUACAAUGUGUUUUACACAUAGUUAUUAUAUAUUCGUCUGUUUAUAUUGUUAAGACUCGUAACUUUUAAUUUUGUUACAUGUUUUUUAUUAAGCGAUAUGUCUGAGAUUGACGUUUAAACGAAUAUUCUUCAUUAAAGUAUGAUUAAGGUAAAUGUGAUAAAAUAGCUUCAGAUAGUAUAGUAAAUAAUCAAAUUCUUUAGGAUUUUAGCUAUUAUAUAUAUAAUUAUUAAGACCAUCUAUAUAAAUUAUUGGGAAGAUAUAUGUAUAUUUUUGCUAUUAAUUACUGAAUUGUAAGAAAUAUUUGAAAAUAUGUUAGUAGUUUAUUCGGAAAAUUUAAAUAAUUGUAAAAGGCUGGUGAAUAUAUGCAUUAACGUGAUUUUAAUUCUCUCAGAGAUUUUAAUCUCUAAGAAAUCAUUGUAAGAAAUAUUUGAAAAUAUGUUAGUAGUUUAUUCGGAAAAUUUAAAUGAUUGUAAAAGGCUGGUGAAUAUAUGCAUUAACAUGAUUUUAAUUCUCUCUCGAUAUAUAUAUAGUUUUUUUUUACGUGUUAAUGUAUAUAUUUUCACGAUAAAGAAUGAGGAUUAGCAACUGAUUAAGUAUUUAUUUAUUUAUAAUAAAUACUUAUAAAUAAAUCCUCUGUGAAUAUGCAUAUUGUAUUACGUUACAUCAUGCAAUUUUUUGGUUAAAAUUCAUAUUGUGAAUGAUUUGCAAACAUUCACUGUAUUUAUAGAAUUUUUACUGGAUAUAAGCAAUUGUACUGAACACAGCUAAACAAAUAAAUAGAUCAGCGAUUAUUUUUCUAAACCAUUUUUUUUAUUUCUUUGUCAGGAAAUGACUGUUAAGGCGUAUAAAUAAAUACGAAGGAUUUCUUACAAGCUUUAAAUUUAUGAACUUGAAUGAAUUAAAAUUUUUAACUGUAAAUUUUACGGUUGUAUUAUUGACAAGUUUUUAUCGCUAACUACAAAUUUUUAUUUUUAUUGUUUCAAACUGUUCUUUUAUUCCUUUAGUAGAUUAGAAAUGAUGGUAUAUGAUAAUAUUGUAUAUGUUCUGAGAAGAAUUGCAACUCUUCCAGCAGUAGUUCAAGAGUCGAAACCCUUUCUCAAAGGAAAAGAACUUCUAGGUACAGGUUAUGCUACUUUAGUAAAAUAUUACCCUAUUUAUUUUCCGUAUCUCUUCCCUAUUUUUACAUAACAAUUCUUAUCAUCAGUUUCUCAGUUCUGUUGUUUGUAUCAAAAUUCAGAUUAAAUUAAUACAAGAUGAUCCGGAUGGUAGAAUUUGUCAAAUACAAUAUCAAGUCGUAAGUUACCAUCAUUAAUUUUAAUGCUUUUGCAAACGGUACAAUAAUGGAAAUAUAUUAUUACUUGAAUUACAGACCAAGAAGAAGGCAGGGAAGUGUUCGGAGCUUCCGCCCUGACUGCUUCUGAAUUCUCACACAAAACGUGAAGAUGUAGAAAAUCGCUAUUAUAAUAUCUUUACCAACAAAAUAAGUAACUUCUUCUUUGUACCAAACAAGAUCUACAAUCCACUAUUCGUUCUUAUUUCCUUCCAUUCUAUCGAAUAUCAAUUAAACACCCACGAGUCGUUCUCGAAGUCGAUUUCAUUCAGAAGUUCGCCUUUCGAGAUUCGACACUUCGAUCUUUAUGAAGAAAAGUGGCCGGAUUUCCGCUGAACGUGAUGAAGAGGACUGGUUUAAUCUUAAUUUCUGUAAAGUCGCGUGGACGUAUAGGGUGCAUGGUGGGACUGCCGCUAUAAAAUCCUGGGAAAAUCGAGAUACAGCUUCUUCAGUAUUGUAAGCUACAUGGAAACACUUGGAAGGUUCGCUAGUAUUUGGGCGGUUCUGUUUUUCUGCGGCGUCCCGUUUUGCAGCUAUGGAAACUUUCCUUCUAAAGAUUUUGGAGAAAAAUUGGACGUUCUGUCUAAGAUAGUCAAUUACAUUCGCCAAAGGCCUCGUCAAAUGAAUGCCGAUGUUACGUUAUCUCUAACGAUCGUCGAAGCUAACGCGGCUGCUAUCUUUUUGCAUGAAAAUGCGCGACAUCUUGUGGAGAAACAUCGAAACAUUCUUCUGACGAUUUUAAGAUUAUGCGAUUCUACUCGACGAGAUUUGUUAGAUAAAGUCAUUCCAGAGAACGAGGACGUCCAGUUAUUGCACGAAAGCAUAAAUUAUCCAAUUUUGUGGCUGAAAAAAAUAUCAUGGCGCCGUGGCGCUCUAAAAAAGGGGAAGACCAAUUUUAAAUUAAAUUAUCGGGACAUACGAGAACUGAUAAUGCAAGGACCGCCCAAGGAGGAAGAAAGCGAUCGAUGUCUCGCCGAAAUUGUUCGGAACAAAUUGAAUUCCAGCAAUAGAAUUCCUGAUUUGUGCGCGGAGAUAUUGGCAAAUCGAGAAUCUAGCAGAGGAUACCCUCUUACACAUAGAUUGUUGAUUGUUCAAAUUGCUAAGAUAUUGAAAUGCGAUCGAGGUCUUCCAUCUUCGGAAUUAAUACUAUCUUACUGUUCCGCGAUCCUCGAGGAUCUGAUCGAUAUCGAAACAGCUGGAUUUCCUUAUCAAACGCCAGAUUUAACGAUGGAACAAGUUGUUCUAUGCGGCAUGGAAGGAUUCCUGGAAUUCACUGGCAAGCACUAUGAACGAUUAGUACUGCGUUGGUCUCGUCCCAGCGGUUGUUUCAGUUCGUUUGGAUAUAAAUUUGCCAAUAACGAGAUACGCGUGUCGCGAAGAACCUCUAAGCAAACGGACUUUGGUUGCGAUAGCCACGCUACUGGUUUAGCCGCUGCCACGCUUUCUUUAUUUAUCCGCGAGAAUCUGGAAAACGCUCGCUGGUAAACGCUCGAACCGCCCGACGAAUGAUCGCCUGCAUAACACGUACACGGAUACGGCGCAUCGAUAAAGGCGUAACGAACCGGAGAAGAAUCUGGAAACGACGGGAAGGAAGAUAACGAGAUAAGGAAGAGGAAGAACAAGUUACAAACAAAAAAUAAUUUAUUUCUCAUAGUCCGUAACAAUAGUUACAAAUGAUAGAAUCUCUACAUACGAUGGAAAGACGAGUAGAAUAGAGUAAAAGUGGGAGCAGGGGAAAUAAAUAGUCAGUCGUUAACCUUGCGUAGGAGAGACUGGUUCUCGCGGUGUGGUAACACGUAUAUUUUUGCAUAUGCUUAACAUUUUCUUCAUCCUUGAAAAUGGAAUCUAUUCUCGUCCACGGCGGGCAUCAGUCUCGCCUUUUUGAUAUCGCGUUCUGGCAAGCCGGCAGUGUCGGUUUCCUAGCAGAAAACGUGUCUCUCCCUCGCGAUUUCUCUCGAAACCCGGGAGCUUGCACCCUCGAACGACGUCCGCUUUUCUCUUCAAUAUCCGAUAUAUUCGAUCGUAUUAGUCGAUUUUUCAUGGGCUAUAUAGGUCAUUGAAGCGAAUUUUUUAUUAGAUUUUAAAACACCGAAGUUCCGACGAAACUUCAAAAACUUUCAUAUAAUACACGUGAUAUAAUUUUCUGUGGUAAGUAUCAAAAUACUAUCACGUGCCAUUAUAAAUAUACGAUGCACCGAGAAUUUUAAUAUUUUACGUAAAAAUAAUUUUAUUUUAUAAAAAGUAAAAUCUCGGAGUACUUCCUAAGCAAAUCUCCUUUUUAUUGCUUUUUUGCUUUUAUUUAAAGGAAAGAAAAAUAAAGAGACGAACAAUAUAGGUAAAGCAUAUAGCCCGUAAAUACAGCGAACCAUCUUGAGAACUUCCAAUUUCCUACGCAGAAGAUUAUUAUCGUUCGAGGGAACAUCCCGGUGUCAUAAAUAUGUCCUAAUCUACUGUCGACGAUUAGUUUUGGUUUAUAAACACGAUUGCGUGGUUCUCGAUAAAUUCUCUAUCGACAAAAAGGCGGUGCCUCGUGCUUUGGUGCGAUUACGCUAAUUGAACUUUAAGUAACUCCUUCCGAAGCAAUUAGACCGUUCUUUCUUGCGAUCGAAAUCAAUUUCUCGUCUGAAAGAAAGAAUGGUACAAUUUUUUCGCGAAAAGGAGACUUCUCGCUGCUUUUUUCUUUUUUUUUUUUUU